GGCCAACACUCGACGGGAAAAAGUCUAGCCAGAGUCUUUUACCGCUCGUACCGUACCGUAUCAAAACUAAUCGAUCCUUCGCAAUGUCUGACAAAACACUACAUCAAGAAUAUUUUUUGGAGCUCGACGUCUUCGGAGCAUAGCUACAUCCAAUUAUAAUGGUAGCGACCAAACGGAAUUUGAGGACUUCGAACUAUCGAGAUCCCGACGGCAGCAACCUCUCGGAGAAUAGUGGUGGCAACUGCCCUGAGAAUCGUUUUGACAAGCUGAUUCAUGACGUGAGCGAUCACGGUAUCUACGACAGCAAGGGCGAAAAAUCGAUGGCUCAAAGUGCAGGCCUCUUUCUCAAGAUAGGCGUCGGGAGUGCCGUUUUUAUUAUGGUGCUACACUUUCAGACAUCCUGGAUCCAAAUAUACCACGACCAUCAGUUUGUCAUUGGAGGGGAUGAGACCCCAAAAUUAAACGGAGGUGGCGGAUUUGAUAGUCGUCAAAAAAUCAUCGGCCUCGAAAAUCACGAUCGCAAAGAUCAGGGAUACGAACUCUUUCCAUUUCUAGUGGAUGCCGAAAAGGUUGCAUCUUCGCUGUCGUCAUCGACCGCUGAAUUGAACUCUGUGUUGUCGACGCCAACUAUGCCUGACUUCCCUUUAGUCCCACGUCUCGAAAGAUGUUUGUUGAAGUGGAAACCUCCACAUCCACCACGGUCGCAAGAAGACAAGAGAUUAAUGUUUUGGAUGCCAUCUUAUCCAUCUAGCGGAGGCUCAUGUCCCACGAAGAAAGGGGACAUAGUACGGCAAGUCAUAGAUGGGCUCUUUCUCGGCGAACGGAUCGAUGCUACAGCCUACGGAAACCCGACCAAAGAUUUCCACGCUUCUUCGAAUAAUCUGAAACGUUGCAUCGGUGUGAGUGAAACGAUUGCAUGCACGAGCUCUCAUCCGCUGGUCUCGACAACGCCUCACUUACGACACCACGUUUUUCGAGGCGCUGUCAUUGUACCGAUCAGGAAUCCUGCUACUGUCAUCCCGCAACACUAUACCUCAAAGGACAUGGCUUACAGACAAGCCAGCGGACAAAUCUCUGUCGAAUCAUGGAGGCAGAUGCGGGAUUCGUAUUUCGAGGGAAGUCUUGCAGAUUGGAUGAGAAUCAUUCGAUUCUGGAGAGGUACCAAAAGUCGUCUUGGUGAACCAGCAUCUUAUUACCAAACCGAAUUGUACGUUCCCUACGAAGAUCUCAUUACAACCGAUGUUGUAAAAGCAUCUGCGAUAAUAGAAAAAGUAUCCAAUCUUUUAGGUGGCGCUGGGUCAACCGAGAUAGUGAAUGCUUCGAAUGCGACGAGCUCUGAUUUGACGAAGCAUGGUUUCUUUGAAACAUCCAAGUCUAAGGCUGACUAUGAAUGCCUUUGGUAUCGCGUGGCACAUAAAGAGUGGGAACGAUUGCAAAAUGUUAUUGGACACUACAUACCAGCAUACACAGUACGGCAGAAAAAUAUGAUGAUUCAAAAUCUAACAAUAUACGCAGACGAAAUCGAAGCCGAAAUUUUAAACGACAAGAGUGAUUUGGCCCUGGCAUCCUUGCUACGUCGAUAUGCCUUCCAAAUAAAACAUUAUGUGGUUGUCGAAGAUGUUAUUUAUACCCCUCAGUAGAACAAUGAAGCGGUUGGCAACUGAUUCAAACCCGUCGUGCUUUUUCGGUCGUCACCACAUGACGUGUAUACGGGAGUGCAUAGAAAAUGUUGGAGAACUGUACCUGGUCUUGUCUUCAGGAGAAAUGUGAUCAGUAUGCCACCGCGUUGCCCGCCACUGUUUUUUCAAUUUGUUGUUCCAAUCAAAAUCUAUAGCGCCA